UCUCGCUUUGAAAGGAUGGCGGGAACAUGGCCGCUGUAUUGGAACUUCUCUUGGAUCAGCAAAUUACCCUCUGAUGUCGUUGUUUUCUGGUUAAAGAAUCGAACGGAUCGUAAAUUUGUACCGAACCAGUUAAAGGAGUAUUCAAAACUUGACCAAGAAUUUGUGCCAUUUUUUCUUAAUUAUCUUCGUGACCAGACCCUCCAUCUUCUUCAAUCCAAUCGCUCUGCAAAUCCAUCUCCUGCCAAAACACCGUCAGCUCAAAAACUUAAAAAGGCUGUUCAUUCUCGAAGGCAAGAUGGUGGUAAGAGGAUACAGUUAUUUGGAUCAAGUCCUGGUGACGGUUUAGAAGAUAUCCGUGAUACAUCAGCUUCUGUAUUUUCUCCAAAUGUUUCUAUUGAUUCACCUGGAAUUUGGAAAAACACCCCGUCAUCAACAGAGAGAUCUGGACGAGGUAGAGGGCAUAGGACCCCAGGGAGCAGGGACCAGCGCCAGUCGCCACACUGUGGCAGUAGACAGCUGAAUGCCACACCAGAUGGUCAUGGUCAACGAGCAAAGCAGAGGUUUAGUCUGGGGGAAUUUAUUGUCUCCCCAGAUGUGGACAUUAAUCAAAAUUCUAAAAAGAACUCGCCAUACUCUGCUGGACGGAAAGAUCACUCAUUUGAUAACUCACCUUCCCCAUUACCUGUUAGUAGUGGAAAACGAUCCAGUGGAAAAAAACGUCACUCGGCUAAUAGAACUGAUAUAACAAAACCAGCCCCAGUGUUUAGUCUAAACAGUGUCAAUGACUUCCCUCCAAUGGGAGGUGAUAUGGAAGAUAAUGUCAGAAAACAUGAUCAGAAAGAGGAAUCAAUACUUUGUACGCCAUACAUGAAAAAUUCACCGAACUUUGAUGCAACACCAAGAGGUAACACAAAACCAACUGUGAUAACAAAGUCUCGUAGAAUCAGUUUUACGACUUUAUCUGAAGAGAGCACAGACUCCAACCAGGUGCCCUCACGCCGCAUCAAACCCACACCAAUCCAAGGCAACAAGGCAUGGCAUAACAACAAGAUCUUCCUGGAUUCCGCACAAAGUACAACUGACACCCACAUGCUUGUUGGUGAAACUUCAGGACUGACAGAUAGGAGAGGGUCCCUGACAGAGGAGCGUGAACUAUUAAAACAAGAAAAAGCCAAGAGACUUCAACAAGGAGAGCUAACUAGGCUGUCAGCAUCUCCUGGUGGCCCUAUGACACCUUCAAAGCUUUUGGAAAGGUCAACCUCUGUCCUGGAGAUAACUGUUGCUGACCCCUCAUCUGUGACACACAAAGAUAAACUGGAUGUCCUCGCAGAACUGUAUUCCUCAUGUCUCAAAGAUAACUUGCUUCCCAAUCUUGCCGUGGAGAUUUACUUUGUGGUACAGCUGAUGACGUCCCGGAGUGCUGAUGUGGAGCUUGUCUCCAGUACUGGCGGGCUGGAUAUGAUUGACACCAACUUUUUCUGCUCUGUUCACAAUGCUGUCUAUUUUGCUGUCAAAGUACUGGAGUCACAAGUCGGUUUUCUGAGGUGUUUAGACCGAUGCACUCUGCGACUCCUGUCAGAAAACCAGAGAAUAGCUGUCUUCUCUGAAACACUUACAGACUGGAUGAUCCUAGAACAUGAUCUGGGGCCCAAGCCUGUGCCUGCCUUCCCCAAAUCUCCAAUAGGAGGUGUAUCAUUCCAAGCAGAAACAGACAACCGCAAAAACUUCCCAAAUGAUGCCAGUUUCCACCUCUUCAAGAAACAAAGAGACACAUUUUAUGAAUUGUUGAGAGAAUGGGAAGCCAACCACAUGAGUUCUGGAUGGUCAGUAGCUGCCUUCCUCGGAGACAAGAUACGAGCACUUGUAAACUUCAAAACAGAGCUUGCUAACCAUGUCCACUUUGCUCGACUGUUCCAGUCACAGCUUAUAACGAUGUGUAAGGGAGAUGGCAGCUUGAAGCCUGAUGGGGAUGAUGAGGACGAUGCUCUGCUUAAUCAGCUGAAAAGGACAAACCCUGAGAAGUUUAAAAGACUGCAGGAGCGGUUCAUCAUGCCAUUGAGUGUAGGGGGACCCUGUCCUGCCCCAUCCUUCCCAGGCUGUCAGGAAUUCUUUCGUGAUUUCAUCAUGGCAGCUAGCAGUCCAAUCUUCAACCAACACCUCACAGAUACAUUCUCAGCCAAAGUCAUGGAGUUAAACGAAAUGUCCAUUGCAUCUCGGGAGGAGACGCAGACUGACCAGGAUGGCUCUGAUGAUGAAGAGAAGGACCGAUUUGUGUCGUGUUUGAUGACAGUAAGACUGGUGGCAAAAUUCCUGGGCUUCGUGACUUUUCUCCCUUAUCAGACAGGAUCACGGAUCUCUGACGAACUGGGCGCCAUGUACAUCUCCCUGCGUAGUCAUUCGAUGCAAAUUGACCUCACUAGAUGCCUUAAGACAGCAUUUUUCCUUGGACGUCUGACCUUGACAGUUCCGUGGGUAGUGGAAUUUUUGAGUAUGAUGGAUCAGAUAGCACCAAGCUUGGAACCAAUACAGAUAACACUGUUUGUCCUUCUCUACCUACACCAACAGACCUGGGGAAGUGCAGAGUUUACCAAUGCCUGUUAUGCCAAUCUGUUAGUGGUAACCAACAUCAGCUGGUUGUUUGAGAAUGCUGUGAUACCAGAAGGGUUUUUCUUCUCUGAGAUCCCUGAUGAAGUUUCCUCCCUGGGUUCUUUGCUAGACCAUCAAAAAACUGUUUCUCUGGACAAAAUGGGAUUUGUGGACCAGAAGCUGUAUUACACUUGCUGUCCAUAUAUGGGAGAGAUUCGAACCCUACUUGUCGAGUUCUCUGUGGGCAGUAGCAGUAAGAACUCAACCAUCAGAAAGAUUACACCUAUAUCUGCUGACGAUCGUACUCAGCCAUCCAUGACCGAAAGACAAACACAGCUUCAUCUGGAAGAGAACUUUUUCCACAACCACCCAGCGUCCCUGAGAAGGACUGUUGAUUUUGUGGCAGACAGAACAGCCUCUAACUACAUAAAGAGGUUUCGAUCAACUCUGCUGUCCACUUCCAUCAGGGAGAGUAAAUCUCGUCUGUCGGAUCAUAUAGAAACUCACACAAACUCAUCUCCAACUGCCAAGGCCAAGGACAAACUCCAGUCCCAGUUGCUGAAGAUUUCCCAAAACUGUGUUCAGCAGGUCAAGGCCAUCUCUGCUACAGAGGUUGAAAGUUACUGUGAGAAAAAGAUUGAUGCUGCUCUCAUUUUACUCCUACCUGAUGAGCAGUCUCGUACUGUCGUCAACACUGCAACAAAGAUCUGUCUCCGUAUCACCAUGGAAAAAGUCCAGCAAUGGAUGACCAAACACAUAACCACAGCUAUGUACCAGAGUGAGCUACAGACAGAGUUAGAGCGGAUCCUUAAAGCGUGUAUGUUAACACAACAGAAGCCAAAUGAGACAGGUCACAUUGGCAAUACUGUGGAAACAGAGGGCUGUAUAGAUGUUUUAGCUAAAGAGCAUGAUGACAGUGUCCCGAGUCCAUCUGAUGUCCUUAUAGAUGUCAAGCAAGUAGUAAGAGAUGUAGCCUUUGGCCUGGUGCUGCCUAGUGAGGAGGAAGUGAAAUCUGUGAUAUCCAAAGUACAAACUGUGAUGAAGAGGAGGCAGGACUUUCUGCCUGGAGUGUAUGUAGCAUAUGGACAGCUAGUCAUGGACCUGUGCCUCGCCUUAGUUCAGCGUUCUCCUGAUCAGUGGUCGAACGAUAAACUGGAGGUGUUCCAUGUCCUGUGGAGGACAGACCUAGAGAAGUUCACUCCACUACAAGGUUUCCUGUGUCCACGGGUUGUUUUCCAGAUGAACCAUUGUAGCAAUCCUCAGUUAACAUGGAGAGUGUACAGUCGUGUGUUGAUUGGUCUAUUAGAGGAGGGCCUGUUAUCCUGUCAACAACUCCAGAAGAUGUGUCAGAAUACCCUGCAGGCCAUACAGGAUGACCUGACCAAUCUGAGCUGGUGUAUUUGUGAGGUCGUGGAGCAUGUCCAGGGCCUAUGUAUGUCACCCCUGUCAGACACACUUGAUUGGUUGUUCCAGCUGGCUGGGGCCAAUUCUUCACUAGCUGAACGCAUUACCAAGACAACAAAACUGGUUUGUUCAGGUCAGCCUACAGUCAUCAGAGAUGCAGGGGAGCAUUUUACAUUGAACAAAGACAGUAUCACAGUGCAUCAUCCAGUUCUUCAGAUGAUUUCGAUAAAUGAUUUGACUUUGAAUCAAAGUGAUACAAGCCAUCUGGAUAUCACUAAGAAGACAGAAGAAAUAAAGUUAGCUGAUCUUAAUAACUGUACUAAUAACUUAAUAACUUGAAACAAAUCAGGAACAUAGUUUUCAUCAGGGUUUUUAUCCGGAGGUGAUUCCUGUUUUCAUCAGGGUUUUUAUCCGGAGGUGAUUCCUGACAUUUUGAAUUAAAUUAUUAUUUGAAUUUAAA